CAUAUAAUUUUUAAAAGUAAUAAACGAAAUAUUAUAUUGAUUUCGAUUAAACGAAGCGACUCAUCUUUCUCUGAUUUAUUUCAUUAUUUCUCCUACCCUCCUCAAACCCUAAUAUUAUAUACUACUCAUUUCUGUUGGAUUCAAAACUUGAAUUAUUUCAGAUGAUUAAUUAAUGAUAUUAUUCUUCCGUUGUGCAUCUCUUAGAAAACGUCAAAUGCAGAAAACUAAUUUACAUUUUGAUACAAAGAUUGCACACUUCUUGCCUGCCAUUCGUGGUCCUUUUUAUUCGGCAUGAGACAACUUACCUAACAGCUUUUCUAUCGAUAUUAUCAAGGAAGCACGUGCAUGAGCAAACAUUAUACGAUAUGCUCGAAGCUAAUGUAACUGUCACUCAACUAUAAAAUCUACUCGAGAGACCAUAUUUGUAUUUACAUCGCGAUAUAAUAAUAUAGAAUAUCAUUUCGCGGCAACAACAUUUCCUAUCAUACUAUGCAUGUCGAAACAUCUUCGAUACUUUGCCGCUAAUUAAUGUCGAUUAUUACAGCUCAUUUUUUAAUUUAACACUUGUUAAAUCCAAAUCAUUAAAAUAUCGUCUCUCGAGUUUUUUUUUAUUAAUUUAUUUUUAAAUAUAGAAAUCUGCCUUACCGAUGCUCGAUAAGUUAAUGACCACUAUAAGAAUUAUCAUUCGAGUAGUUGAUAACAUAGGGAUCAUCUUUACCGAUCGUUCUAAAUAUCAUUAAAGAGUGCCAUAUUUUCUCUGUUACACUAUAAUAACGUGUGUAAUCAUUUCAUUCACGAUCGAGGAAACGUUUUAAGACGUUACAAACUGUUUAAACAAUUUAUCCUAACAAAUUGUCUUGUAUUAAAAGGAACAUUAUCUAGACAACAACAUGAUCGAAUAGCACUAAUAUAAUAGUUAAUAUCUUGUUGACAGUGCCCAAAACAAAUGUCUUCUAAAGUGUUUGUUACUAUUGAUAUAUAAUUAAUAACCAAUAUAAUUAAUUAUAAAGAAUUUGUUGAGUCAUUUUGUUUCUAGUACUUAACAAUUAUGGCAAGAUAUUCGAGUGAUUCAGAUUCAGAUUAUAGCAGCAGAUACAGAAGAAAACACAGCAGAAAAUCUAGAUCUACCAGUUCGGAUACAAGUGAAUCAUCUCCGUAUCGUAAGAGAUCAUCUAGACAUUCUAAAUCAAAACGAAGGCAUCGUUCGCACUCCAGAAGCAGAGGCAGAGAUAGAAGCUCCAAAAGUUACAAAAGUGCCAGAAGCAAUUCGGGUGAUAGAGAUAAGCGUCGCUAUCGUUCACGUACACGCAGAUCCCAUUCUUCUGAUCGUAGCAAAAGAAAAAUCAGAUCUAAUUCUAGAGAUAAAUCUAGAAGUCGUUCCAGCAGUUCUCAAUCUACCGUUAAACCUCUACUUGAGAAAUCUAAUAAUCCCAUUACCAAAGAUGAUUUUUUAAUUGAACCACGUAUCAAGGAAAGCGUACUAGAAGAAAUUAAUUCUGAAGGGUUCACGCCUAAACAAUUUACUACAUCUUCUCAUACGAAAGAAAGCAAAUUUAAAAACAUUGUCAUCGAUAUUAGCGCAGAUACUAUUCAAAUUCCAACUGUUGCUGAUAUAAGCACCAUACCGGAAAGUAUAUUUCAUCCUUCGAUUAUGCAAGAUCAAGAAGCACGUUUUGAUAAAUGGGUUAAAAAACUUUAUACGCUUAGACAAAAAGCAUUGGUCGAUACGACGACGCAUUCUAAUUCUACUUGACAUCAUCUCUCUCUAUUACAACAUUUACAACAUUUUAUAUUUUACAUCUUGUAAAUAAAUGCAAAUGUCGUUCGUUAUAUUACAGUAAUAUAAUAAUAUAUUUAUUAUCUACAUUGCUCACAUUUAAUAAUCAUGACUUCUUUUCUUAUUUCUCCACAUAGAAUAUGUAGCUAGAUAAAAUUUAGCAAAACAAAACUGGGACACCCUGUAUGUAUACUUUUUAUUUUUCUAUGAUCUUACAAUAUAUAUCUUGCAUACAAUUUUACAAAUUUUAUAUACUUAUUAUUGAGUAAUAUAACUAAUAACAAUAAAAUAUAUGAUAUAAUAAUAUAGAAG